GGGAGUUUUCGAGCACUUCCGGUAAGCUGCCUGCCUGCAAAGUGUGAGUGUUAUGUUUUCCUUGCAUCUUGGAAGUCCGAGUGACGAUUUGUAACGUGUUAGUCAAAUUUAAAGGAAUCAUUGAGACUGAUGCAAGAUACUGAAUAGACUAAGUCAUGCAUAUUGUGAAAUGCAACAAACAAUUGGCAAGAUUUGAGAGAUAAGGAUGAGUGGAGGCUUAGCCCCAAGUAAAAGUACUGUGUAUGUUGGAAAUCUUCCCUUUUCCCUCACAAACAAUGAUAUACAUAAGGUAUUUGAGAAGUUUGGGAAAGUGGUCAAAGUUACAAUUUUGAGAGACAAAGUAACUAGAGAGAGCAAAGGUGUUGCCUUUAUACAGUAUAUAGACAGACCAGCUGCUAUUAAUGCUUGUAAAUCUGUCAAUAAGAAGCAGUUGUUUGGUAGAACAAUAAAAUGUACAAUCGCCAAAGAUAAUGGAAAAGCUGCUGAUUACAUCAGGAAAAAAGAAUAUCCAGAUAAAACUCGCUGCUUUGAAUGUGGGGAAUGUGGCCAUUUGAGCUACGCUUGCCCCAAGAAUAUGCUUGGAGAACGAGAGCCACCACCAAAGAAAGUGAAGAAAAGAAAAAAUAAGAAAAGUGAUGAUUUGGAUGAGCAAGAAGAGGAAGAUGCGGAAGAUGAUGAUAAUCAGCCAGAGGAUCUUCACACGUCAAGUUUGAGCUUCACUAUUGAAAUGAAUGCUCUAGUAGAAGAAGAAAAGCAGAGACAAGAAAGGCGGGCUGCAGGCCUGCCUGAAACGACAGGGACAGAAGAAGAAAAGACUGUACCUAAAAAGAAGUUCAAGAAAAGUUCCUAUUUCAGUGACGAAGAAGAACUGGACGAUGACUAAUACAGCAAUGCAUUUUGGAAAAACUCUUUAUCAACAAGGAAGCUAUCUGCUGCUUCUUUGACGGAAGAAAAAGUAAAAACGUCGUCAUAAAGAAGAUCCUCAAAUGACGCCAUUAACACCAGGGCCCUUGUCAACUGUAAAGGUUGUAAGGAUUCCAGAACAUUUAUACGUGCUAUUCGUUCUGCUUUACCUUUAGAACUAUUGUUGUUUCUCUCAGUGGUGAAUUUUUCAGCUAAAUACUUACCUUUUAUCGAUCCUCUAUUUUUAUUUAUGUUUCCUUCACAAAAAUGACCUCCCCUUCUCAGAAAUACGAUGACAUCUAUUGGUAGCAAAAAGUCUCUAUCUUAUUCUUUAUUCGCCAAAUAUUGACAUGUAGGUAACCAACUGUGAGAAAUGUGUUUGUAAGAAAAUUGCUUUUAUUUCCAUAUACUUGAAGAAUUAAAAAGAAACCGUUUGUAAAUGUAACUGGCUUUUACAAGGCAACCAAAA